GUGGACUUCGAACCUGUAGAUAUAAAAACCUUCCGAAGGCAACCCGACAGACUGCGGGGCUGCGUGUGCCAGUUUCUCUGUCUUGUUGCCGGCGGGCCAAGGAUCAAACGCUCUGUUGGUCAGAGACAAAGCGGGUCAUGGGGACCAGGAGCUGCCUGGCUGCAGGGUUGUUACGGAACCAAGUGGCUAUUGUCACUGGGGGCGGCACUGGCAUUGGCAAGGCCAUAACCAGAGAACUGCUGCACCUAGGGUGUAAUGUAGUUAUUGCCUCCCGCAAAUUUGAUAGAUUAAAAUCAGCAGCAGAAGAAUUGAAUGCUGCCCGCUUGCCCUCCAACUCAGCAGUUGUUACUCCCAUCCAGUGCAAUAUUCGAAAAGAAGAAGAGGUGGACAGUUUGGUUAAAUCUACAUUAGAUCUCCAUGGCAAAAUCAAUUUCCUGGUAAACAAUGGAGGAGGCCAAUUCUUAUCUUCUGCUGAAUCUCUCACUUCAAAAGGAUGGAAUGCUGUGGUUGAAACCAACCUGACUGGUACCUUCUACCUUUGUAAAGCAGUUUACAAGUCCUGGAUGAAGGAACAUGGAGGGUCUAUUGUGAAUAUCAUUGUCCUGUUAAAUACUGGAUUUCCUAAAGCUGUGCAUAGUGGAGCAGCAAGAGCAGGUGUUGAAAAUAUGACCAAAACUUUGGCAAUGGAAUGGGCCUACAAUGGAAUAAGAAUCAAUUGUGUCGCUCCUGGAAUAAUUUAUUCUCCAACAGCCUUUAAGAACUAUGAAGGAGCAAACGUAGUAGAUGGAUACUUUCAAAAUUGUCCAGCUAAGAGAUUUGGUGUUCCGGAGGAGGUCUCUUCCCUUGUAUGUUUCUUGUUAUCUCCCAUGGCCUCAUAUAUUACAGGACAAACAGUGAAUGUGGAUGGUGGCCUUGCUUUAUAUUCCAAAUCAUGGGACAUACCAGACCAUGAUAACUGGCCUGAUGGACCAUGGGAUCUUUCCACAGUCAAAAAAAUGAAAGCUGACUAUCAGGCUAAAGCCAAACUUUAAACUGAGGAGAAUAAAAAAAUGAGGUCUGUUCUACUUGUAUACAAAGAAGUGAAUAUACCAUUUCCUGGGAAUUUAUCCUUUUUAUGGAAAACUGAUUGCUGAUUUUUAAAAUUAUUAAUUGUUCCUCUGAAGACUUUUAAAACAGUGCCUUGACUUGGAUUUUUUUUUUAAUGUUUUAAAAUGAUGUAGAUGACUAAGAAAUUGGAAAGAUAUAUACCAAAUAAUCACCUCUUUUGUUCUGAUCCUUAUCUGUUAACAUGAAAAUUAUAUAGAGAUAAAAUAUACUCAUUUACCUUUUUAAGCAGUUAAAUGAAUAAAAAAACUUAUGUUGG